AAGGUAAUUUUCUCAACAGAGUUGUAACGAAUGAAUGAUAAGCGGAUUGCACACGGUAUAUGAAUCAGGCAGUAAGUCUGGAUCGAGAACACUGUGUUGCGGACCCACGACCAUCAUGAAGCUCAAUACUUUAUCCGCUAUUCUGACGUGUGCCCCGUUACUUCUUGUUCAUGGAAGCUCAAGGUCAACCUUGCUGGCAUCGCCGUAUAAUAACAGCAAUUCUGGCAGACGCAUCAUAAACGGACAGCAAGCCGAACCCAAAAGUUUUCCAUUUUUCGUGAAACUCUACGCGGACGGAAUACUUUGCGGUGGCAGCAUAAUAAGCAACUACUGGAUCGUUACUGCAAGUCACUGUAUAUUCAGGGCUAGAUAUGAGGCAAUAGAUAUAUACCCUUCGGAUUGGCAGCCUGGUCAGCCAACGCAGAUACACGCUGCCGAGAGCGUGAUCCACCCCCAGUAUGACCCGAGACGGCAUGCCUUCGACGUCGCCCUGAUAAGAACUGAGGAAGAUAUGGUCGUCAGUGGACUUGAAACGAUCUCCCUUCCGCCACCAGGUACCCGUUUCAUCUAUGGCGACGAGGCCACUAUCGUGGGCUGGGGGAAGAUGGAAUUUGACACAUGUCCCCUAACUCUUUUAAGUGGAUUGGAGGUUGUUCUGCCCUGGGACACGUGCAAUUCUCGGUACAAGCCUGGUUGGACUCGUUACGGAGGCAAUACGAACUGUAGCAUGGAAAAUAUACCGAACAGAAUAUUGUGCGCCUACCCCAGAGGGUCAGCUCCAGAUAGUGGUUGUGGCGGGGAUUCUGGAGGUCCUUUCAUUAUUAACGGGACACUAGCAGGGAUAAACACUGCUGUAAUAUACACCAGUCGCCCCGUCUCACGCGAGGGAUGUAUACCUGGGAGUUUGACGAUGCACACCAGUAUCGUUGACUAUUUACCAUGGAUAUUUUCUUUCGUUGACCCGAGCGUCAAUACGACAGAGUUUCCGGUAGCUCCAGAAUCCAGCAACACUUUACUUGUCGAAGGUUGAGGUAUAUUCACGGUCCGAUUGUCAAGUCGGCAUCGAGUGUCGGGAA